ACAAGAUCAUUAUCAAUAUUUUUAGACCUCUUUGAAAUAGAGUAAACUUAAAUCAUGGAUCAGGUUAUGCAAGUAGUUGAACCUGCCAAACAGUUCGUAAAAGACUCGAUUCGUUUAGUCAACAGAUGUACAAAACCAGAUAGGAAAGAAUUUCAGAAAAUUGCUAUGGCCACAGCUAUUGGAUUCUGUAUCAUGGGCUUUAUUGGUUUCUUUGUUAAACUUAUCCACAUUCCAAUCAAUAACAUUAUUGUAGGAUCCUAAGAAAUGUAAUAAUGUCUAGUCUACGAAUCAUCAUUAUCAACUUACCAAUUUUGCUCAUCAAUAGGAUUUAUGGGGGAAAAGUAUUUCGAAUAAAAGACAAAAUCAUUCAGACUUACUGUGGCAACAUUGUGUAUUCUGUCAGUUAUACCAAAUAAACCAGACAUUUUUGCAGGCAAGGGUGUUAAAAUGUUACAUGGAUUUUGUAAAAAUUGUAUUUAAGGAAAUAAAAUUAUUGUCAUAUUUUAA